AUGUUUUUUAUUCCCGGUACAACUAAAUUCUUAUAUUUUUUAUAUACCCCCAUCCAAUUCUUUUCCUACUCAGAGUUCUUCUUCUCGAAUCUGUCGACCGAGUUAUGUAUUUUAUUUACUUUUUUCUGUUUCUCCUUCCAAUGUUCAACACCGCCCUUUUCUGACCCCGGACAUCAGCGUACAUUUUGUCUUUCAUUCCUUUUUUCUUUCUUUCUUUCUUUCUUUCUCUUUCUUUUCUUUCUUUUCUUUCUACCGUACAUUUUGUCUUUCAUUCGUUUUUUUCUUUCUUUCUUUCUUUCUUUCUUUCUUUCUUUUCUUCCUUUGUUCUCUUUUUCUUUCUUGCAAUCAUUUCCUUUUUGUCUUUCAUUUUUUUCUUUCUUUCUUUCUUUCUUUCUUUUUUUCUUUCCUUUCUUUUGUUCUCUUUUUCUUUCUUUUCUUUUUUUUCCUUUCGUUUCUUUAUUUUUUCUUUCUUUCUUUCUUUCUUUCCUUUUCUUUCGUCUUUUUAACUUAUUUUUCCUUUUUUCUUUUCUUUCUUUUUUUUUUUUCUUUCUUUUUUUUCUUUUCUUUCUUUCUUUCUUUUUCUUUCAUAUUUCUUGCAAUCACUUUUUGAAAUUUUGUCUUUUUUCUUUGUUUGUUCCUUUUUCUUUUUUUUCGGUGGCUUUGUUACUUAUCUAUCUAUCUAUCUAUCUAGCAUCCCAGUUUUUACACUAUCUAUCUAAAUAUGUUCAUAUCUAUUCAUCAUCAAAAAAUGUUCUUUAUCUAACGCAAUAUCUAUCUAUCUAUCUAUCUAUCUAUCUAUCUCUUUUCAUAUCUAUCUAUCUUAUCAUUUCAGUCUUUUCAUAUCUAUCUAUCUAUCUAUCUAUCUAUCUAUCUAUCUAUCUAUCUAUCUAUCUCAUCAUAAAUCUUUUUCACCUAUUUAUCUUAUCAUUUCAGUCUUUUCAUAUCUAUUAUCUAUCUAUCAAUCUAUCUAUCUAUCAUCUCAGUCUGUUCAUAUCUAUCUAUCUAUCUAUCUAUCAUCUAUCUAUCUAUCUAUCUCAGUCUGUUCAUAUCUAUCUAUCUAUCUAUCUAUCUAUCUAUCUAUCUCAUCUUUUCAUAUCUAUCUAUCUAUCUAUCUAUCUAUCUAUCUAUCUAUCAUCUAUCUAUCUCACUUUGUUCCUUAGCCUCUCAAAUCGCCUCGUCCAGCAAACCUCUUUCUGCUUCACAUGGCAACACCGCAAUUCCCUUCUAUCUUGGGCCUUGUUUCAUUUUUCUUGUGACCUCUCUAAUGUCAUCUGA